GACAGAUCAUCUGAGCAGUAGUCGUAAAAGGUUUAUGAAUUGUUUGUAACCAUCUCGUGUUGGAUAUUUCGUACAGUUUUUCGGCAUAAUUAUCACAAGUUGACUGUUUUCAAAACUAUCUACAUAUUGUGCUACAUAAUACAAUCAUGUCAGAAUCAAAAAUAUUGCUGAACUGUUAUAAUCGUGGUUGUGGUCAGAAAUACGAUCCCAAUGACAACAAGGGGGAUGACUGCACUCAUCAUCCUGGACAACCAGUAUUCCACGAUGCAUACAAGGGCUGGUCAUGCUGUAAUAAGAAAUGUACCGACUUUACGGAGUUUCUGAAUAUUAAAGGGUGCACCAAGUCUUCACAUACGAAUGUGAAGCCGGUAGAACCAGAGAAACCAGUAAUUGAUAAAUCCAAAGCAAGCGAAGUGAUUGAAGUCAGACCACCUAUUCAAAACUAUGAAAAUUCACCACGGCCUUCUUAUCAUACUCCUCAAACAACUAUAAAACCCAGUAUAUCCAGUGCCUUACUUGAACAAACUCAUGAGAUUAAGGUGCAGGAUGUAGCUAGCGCAGGAACCAAAAUACCUGUUGGUGAAAUGUGCAAGCACAAAGGUUGCAAGGCUUCAUACACUGGUACUGUAAUUGAUGAAGAAACCUGCAACCAUCAUCCAGGAGUGCCCAUAUUCCAUGAGGGCCUCAAAUAUUGGUCGUGUUGUAAGAAAAAAACUACCGACUUUGCUGUAUUUCUAGAACAGCCCGGUUGCUCCCAAGGAACACAUCUGUGGUUGAGCGAGGCUACAAACAAAACUAUAAAGUGCCGAAUGGAUUGGCAUCAAACUGGAGGAUUUGUGGUUGUUUCCAUAUUCUGCAAAAAGUAUUCACCCAGCCUAUCAAGCAUCAAAUUAAAUCCAGUCCGACUGUCCAUAGAUCUGUACUUCCAAGAAGAGGAUUCGAGAUAUAAUCUAGAUGUCGAACUUAGAGGGGUAGUUAUUGUCGAGGAAAGUAGCGUAAAUAUGCUUCCAACUAAAGUAGAAAUAAAACUUAAAAAAGCUGAACCAGGUUCUUGGGCAAAACUUGAAACUGCACAUCCUUCUGUUAGAGUUGAAAAAACAGUUGCUCCACAAACAGACCUUGAUAGAGAGGAGAGUAUCACCACACAAGUGGAUGCUGUAGACCUUAGUGAUAUUUGAAACCAUAAUUCUCCGAUCUUCUUGAAAUGCAAAGUUGGGGCUGUUACAAACAAAUUAGAUCAAAAUUUAGGUAGGAUGAAUUGUCUUUUUUCUGUUGAAAUCCAUACUUGAUGAAAAAAAUGUGUAAUUAUCUGAUUAUACAUCGUAGUAGUCUUACUUCGUAGGUAUUAGAGGUCCAGAAUAAUUGACGAAUAAUUUUCAUACCUAUGUAACAUUUACAUCUUUUGGACUUGCCUAUUAAUUAUUUCAAUGUAAUGUAUUUUUUGACUUUUUCAAUCUUUAUUUUUUACACGUAACAAGUGAAUCACCUCCUAUUUAUCAUCAAUAGCAUAAGUCAGUGACAUCAAACCAUUGAGAAUAGGUAGAUGCCAAUUUAUUUUCAAUGAUCAAACUAUUGUACAAAUUUGAUUACUAUUGUUAUUGUAAUACACCGUAAAUAAAGUUUUCUUUAUUCUA